AUGGCGGGUAACGCAAAGGGGAAGAAGAGGAAGUCGUCCCUUGUUCCUGUACCUCUAGCAGAAGCAAAACUUCUAGGACCAGGUGAAGAUGCCUGCUUUAGACAUGGAGCCAUUAGGAAACUAGUGCUACAUAAUUUCCUCACUUUUGAUAAUAUUGUCCUGGAGCCAUCACCUCAACUUAAUUUAAUAGUUGGACCAAACGGUACUGGUAAAUCAAGUCUUGUUUGUGCCAUAUGCCUUGUACUCUGUGGCAAUACCUCUAUCCUUGGACGAGCAAAAGAUUUGAAGGAUUUUGUGAAGAGCGGCCCAGCAAAGGAAGGAUAUGUUGAGAUUACAAUUCAUCACAGAAGUGGUAACCAUCCCACCAUCAGGAGGCAUAUAUUUAAGGACAGGAAUAAUUCAAAAUGGCUUCUUAAUGGAGUUGACAAGAGAGAAAUGGAGGUUAAAGAUCUUGUGAAGAGUUUGAAUAUACAACUGGAGAACAAGUGCCAAUUUCUGCCUCAAGUGAGUGAAAAA